AUGGCAGGCGUCGAUGUGGUUGCCUAUGGCCAUGGCCUCACCUGCUUUUCGCAAACUAUGCUGUUGCGAAGAGCAGAUGGAACAUCACAGUUUGCACGCGCCAACAUCGGCAUCAAGUUCGAUAGCGUCGUUCGACUGAAUGUCGCCUGCAACGCUGCGGCUUCCGCCCUUGCUCAGGCCUCUGGCUGGGAGGAGGCAGAAGAGCUGCUUCAGUUCCUGAGCCGGUGGACACAGAGAUCUCAAAUCUCCUUCAACAGCUGUGCCGAUGCCAGUGCCAAGGCGCGGCAGUGGAGGCGGCCGCUUCACUGGAUCGGAACUCUAGUUAACUCAGGCACUGCCGAGCGCCCAGAUGAGGUGUCUUACACCGCGAGCAUCAGUGGCUUGAAGAAAUGCGGCAGGCCCUGGCGCACCGGUGUGGAGCUUCUUCGGAGCGCGGCUUCUUCGAGUGUGGAGAUUAAUUUCGCGACCUGCAAUGCGCUGAUGGGUGCCUGUCAGCCUGGUGAGGAGGAGGACGAGGCAAAGCUUCUCUGGAGUCCUGGGCUCUCCCUGCUUGACGAGAUGGGGAGAUUUUCGAUUGAGAUGACGCAGACCAGCUGCAAUGUUCAGCUGAGCUGCCUUGAAGAGGGAAGCAAGGGGCCCAAAGCUCGGCACCUGUGGAUGGCGACCCUCGCUUUGUUUGCGGAAGAGGAGGAAAAGGGAUGGCUGGUGCCGGACAGGCGUACGCAGGGAGCCAUCCUAGGCAUCACGGCGAGAUCACUGCACUGGGACGGGGCGCUGAAAGUGCUUGCAGACAUGGUCCAUGAGGCCGUCGGAGGUGCGUCGAGCGCCGAUCCGGACGAGGCACAUUUCGACCUGGUUGUCUCGGCCUGUGUCAAGGGCGCGUCCAAGGCCUCGCAGAUGGCUGCGCGUGGUCUCCUCAGCAACACGCGGGCCGCCUUGAUGACGUCAGCAGCUGAAGCUCGCUCCAGGAAAGAUGGAACAAAGAUCGGCAAGACAGCACGCUGCAAAUCGCGAACCCGGAUGGUGCAUUAUCCGCAGCCUUUGAAUGGCUCCGAGCCAUUCCUCGGUUGGCUUCCAAAUGCAAUGUUUUCAGUUCUCGUUCCUUUCAUAACCGUCGUGCUCUGUGUUUUCGAAGCCGGCGCGGUCGAGCGAACACGCGCGCUCGUGAGGCGGCAUGGGGCCCUUGCGGAAGAGGGCACAGAGACCUAUCUGACUGAGCUGGACUCGGACGCUGAGUCCGCAAGCCCCACCCAGGCCAAAGCAAGCAAGUCAUGGGACUCGCUGCCGUACUCCAGUUUCGCUGGAAGCAUCGGUGGUGAGAAGGAUCAGAAUGCGUCGCUGAAGUCCGUGCCAGUGGAGGGGGAGCUGGGCAACAGCAGCGAGAACUCAGAUCUGACGAGGAAAGAUCAGGUGGAGGUGACUGGCGCUGGCACUGUCGUCGUUGCGAGAGUGAAAGCGCAAGCACCAAUUGCUCCCACUGCACGAGCUGCUCGAGCAAGCUCUGCCGAAGCAGAUCUCGCGCAGGCAGGCUCUCCCAAAGUGGAAGCCGCUGUCAUCUCAGCCCAGGCCGAGCACAGCUUGGAGUCUGUCGAGGCGCCUCCUGUGCCCGGCACAGGAAAGCCGCAGGCAGCCCCAGCACCUCCACAGCCCACAGGGACAGGGCCUGACACGGCCACAACGGCAGAAACAGCCUCGGCGUCGCCACCCAUGGCGCCAGAACAGCCUGGGUCUCCACCCAUGGCGCCUCUGCAGGCACGGCCCGGUGAAGAUGCAGCCACACCCAUUCAGAUGCCGCUGCCAGCGACUCCCCGAGUCCUUGCCUCGUCACAGCCGCAGCCCGGGCAAAUGCAGACUAGCGACCCUUCGCAAAGCUUGCCAGCACAGGCUGCCAGCCGUCCGGGAGAAGCCUCGAUUCAAUUGCAAGGUGAUGCUCGGCAGUUGGCUGACAUGCCUCCUGCGACGGUGCAAGAAGUGCGUCCCGUUGUACCACUGUCACCCGACGCGUCUGCCGCCGCGGGGCCUUUGAAGCCAGCGGAUGUCAGCGGCACAAUUCCUGCUGGCGAUGGGGCGAUCCCAGCCAAGACAAACGGGGCAACUGGCUCGCCGGCUGUGCAACCUGAGCCCGUGCAAAGCGAACAGCCGGCAAGCGUCCAGGCGCCAGCCCAGCCCCUGCUUCCGACAAGGAACUCUCCCUUGCUGGUUGCUGGAAAUGCCACUAAGGAAGCUCCGGCACCUGCACCCGUUCAACUCGCGCGACCCGCCCCCCCGGUUUCGGCAGAAGUUGUAGGCACCCGCAGUGUGCCAGUGAACAACUCGUCUCCCGAGCCGGACAGUCAACACUUGCUGGGCAAAACCGUGCCCGAAGCUUCAGCGCCAAAGCAGGGCCCGGUUGUGACCAUUGAAGCUGCGGCCGCCUCGGUCGUGGCCGGCCAAGCGUCCGCUGUGUCCGAUGUGUUAAUUUCCGUGGAGCCCACUGGGUCUCCGGCACCAGCAGCAACAGCGAGCAACAAGUCCACGAUCACCACGCUGAGAUCAGAGCCGGCCCAGCACCUUUCCAUAGCGCCCGCCAGCCUUGCGGAACAAGGAGCCCAGGCCAGGCAGGUCCCAAUUGCAUCAGGCAUGAUGCCUGCCACUGGCAUGGCGACAAUGCCAGCCAAUGGUGGUGCCUCCGUCAUGAUGCCAGGCAUGGCGACCGCCCCUGUAGCGGUCGCAGCCGCAAAUCCCACUACAACUCCAGCCCCCACCACAGCUGCACCAACUACGGCAGCAGCCACCACUGCGGCGCCUACCACUGCUGCAGCUACCACCGCCGCCGCUACAACCGUCGCGGCAACCACGGCUGGAAAAGAAGGCGAAGAUGAGAAGGACGACGACGAAAGCGAUGGGGGCAACCCUGAAGGAGGACAUAACGGCAUCCCAACUCAAUUUAAUUCACUCUGUCACUCUCACUUUCUCUGUCUCUCUUUUCACGCCUCUCUUUCUCUGUCUCACGGUCUCUUGUCUUUCUCGCUCUCUCACUAUCACUCUCUCUCUCUCUAUGUAUCUCUCCCUGUCUCUCUCUCUAGACGAGAAGCCGGGUGCGGUGCUAGCGUCUUAGAAGAACAGCGGCUAUGCGGAGUGUGCGAGUCCGAAGCACUUUCCAGUUUUUGUGAGCCUGGGCAAUCGUAG